GCGGAAGUGACGCCAGUUCCGGGUGUGUGAAGCUACAGCCUGUGGUCUGGUAUCAGCAUGGAGUUUCCGGACCUGGGGAAGCAUUGUUCAGAACCAACGUGUAAACAGCUAGAUUUCCUACCUCUAAAAUGUGACGCUUGUGAGCAGAUCUUCUGCAAAGACCACAUCACGUACGUCCUUCACAAGUGCAGCUCAGCUUAUAAGAAGGAUGUCCAGGUCCCAGUUUGUCCACUCUGCAACACGCCGAUCCCAGUGACACGGGGACAGACACCGGAUAUUGUCGUCGGGGAACACAUUGAUCGGGACUGCAAGUCUGAUCCAGCCCAGCAGAAGCGUAAGAUAUUCACCAAUAAGUGUCAAAGGCUGGGCUGUAAACAGAAAGAGCUGAUAAAGGUCACAUGUGGAGACUGCCAUGGGGACUUCUGCCUCAAACACCGACACCCGCUGGACCAUGACUGUAAAGGCAAGAGCGCCCCUAUCUCCCGAGCAGGGCAAGCAGCAUUUUUUAGAGUUCAGGCUUCUUCUUCCAAAGCCUCCGCUUCCUCCAGCCGCCCGGCACCCAAACCAGCACCACAGCCUCAGCGAAACAGGACGAGUGUCCCCAGUGCACAGCCCCCAGUCUCAGUUGUGCUACAGAAUGGAUUAUCCGAAGAGGAAGCCUUACAGAGGGCUCUGGAAAUGUCACUAGCGGAAUCGGCGCAGAGCACGCCUCAGCAGAACAGCACUCAGGAAGAAGAGGACUUGGCUCUAGCCCGAGCUUUGUCAGCUAGUGAGGAAGAAUACAGACGUCAACAAGCGGGGCCGAGUCGUGAUGCCAAACAGAGUACAUGUAAUAUGUGCUAGCACAGCACGGGACCAGCACCCAACUUCAAGCACAGAAGCAGGAACUACAAUACAAUCCUGAGCUUCAACCAUAACUCUGGGUUUUUUUCUUCAGAACGGACACAAUAUGUGGAUGGUGUUUUGCAUGCCUCAGAUUCUAUCACUUCUUUUCCUGUGGGCUGUAUAGGCCACUUGUCUGGUCUCAUUAGCUGAAAGUAAGGAAGGUAUAAACUGUUUGACACUGUAGAAGCCAUUUUGUUGGAUCAUCAUGAGAAUGCA